AAUUAGUUUUGCAUUGUGUUAUUUCUUAAAUGAUAUUCUAAGUGUGUAAAAUUAACUUGUAUGUGCUCAGAGUGAUUUGAAAUAACAACAAUGCUGAAAUUGUUAAUAUUAUUUAGUUUUUGUUUAUUUUUAUCGUUCAUUCCCAAUGGAAUAUGUGCUAGACGUGAUGGACAAUACGAAGUACCUCCAGCACUAAUUGAAAUUUUAAAACCAAAAGGAUUCAGAGUUUCAAUUCCAGAUGAGGAAGGAGUGACAUUAUUUGCAUUUCAUGGAAAUAUUAAUGAAGAGUUUAAUGGCCGAGAAGCUGGACAAUUUGCAAGAGAUAUAACAAAAGCUAAAAAUGGCAGAUGGACCUUUGUUGAUAAACUUACGAAAUUUAAACCUGGUGAUAAAAUUUAUUAUUGGACUUAUGUGAUCUAUGACGAUGGUAAAAAUAAAUUGGGAUAUGCAAAUGAUGAUCAAGAGUAUACCGUAACAGAAAAAGACAUCGGUGAAGCUAUUUCCACAUCAACUAGCACUAGCACUACCACUUUUAAACCUUAUACCGAUAUCAUUGAUAUCAGAGGACCUGAUGAUAAAAUAGAACCUUGUACACCCAGUAAAACAACAGUUCGUAAUCAAAAAGUUUGCGUUGGCUCAUUGAUAUUUGAAGAAACUUUUGAUAAGAAUCUAGAUACACUACGAUGGACGCAAGAAAUUCGUUUUCCAGAUACACCGGAUUAUGAAUUUGUAGUUUAUUUGAAGGAUAAAAAUAUCCUAAAUGUCCGAGAUAGUAACCUGGUAAUUAAACCUAUGCUAUUAUCUACAAAAUAUAAUGAUGAAGGAAUUGUGGAUUCAGAAUUAGACUUAAUGACUGCAUGUACGGGUGUCAAAGGAAGUUCGGAUUGCUAUCGAAGAGCAAAUAGUUUCUUCAUUUUACCACCUGUUGCAUCAGGGCGAAUAAAUACACAACAUAAAUUUAGUUUCAAAUAUGGAACAGUUGAAAUUCGAGCUAAAUUACCAACAGGAAAUUGGAUUUAUCCUCAACUAUUGUUAUCUCCUGAAGAUUCUGCAUAUGGUGAAAAUUAUGAUUCUGGUUCAAUGCGAAUUGCAUUUAUACCUGGAAACCUUCAAAAUCGACGAGAUCUUCAAGGUGGCUUAGUACUUGGUAGUAAUGUAGAUGCACGUACGAAGUUUAUGAAAACUCAUCAUGGUACGAGUUCUUGGCUUGAGGAUUAUCACACAUUUACAUUGGAAUGGUAUCCAGAUUCAAUAAAAUUGAAAGUAGAUGGACAGGAAUAUGCAGACUUAAGACCACCACCACGUGGUUUUUCAGAAUUAGGUGAUUCUUUUAAUGCAGCUUCAAACUUGUGGCAAAGUGGUUCCAUUUUAGCUCCAUUUGAUAAAGAGUUUUAUUUGGAUAUUGGAGUUGGAGUUGGCGGACGUGUAUUCACAGAGGAUUCGGCUAGAAAACCAUGGGAGAAAAAGGAUCCAAAAGGCAUGCUUCGAUUUUGGGAGAAAAAGAAUACAUGGUAUCCUUCAUGGGAUGAUAAUUCACGAUUACAAGUGGAUUAUAUUAAAGUGUGGGCACUUUAAAUUGAAAAAUAAUCAUGAAAAUUAAGUUUCAUUUGUUAAAUUCGUUAAGUUCCAAUUUGUUAAAUUCCAUAAGUUCCAUUGUUUGGGUGUGCGCAUCAAAUAAUGUGGAAAAUAUUUUGUGUUGUAGCAUUAUUGAAUAAUAUAUAACCUAGAGACAA